AAACUCCAACAUCCUUUCCCAUACAUUGCCUUAAAAUUGUCUACUUAAAAAUACCCUGUAAGAUUUCGAAGGAUCACUGUGUAUUUUUUACGCGGAAGAAUGGCUUCAUUAAUUAGAUCUGCCAUGAAAGCGAUCAAGGAGAAGGGCAUUUCGAACCUGUGGAAAGAAGCCAAGCAUGAAGGAUUUCUGGAUGCUAUUGUUGAUGGCAACCUUAUGGCAACAAAAAUACAUAAUAUAGGUGCUACUCUUGUUGGUGUUGAUAGUUUUGGAAACAAAUAUUAUGAGAAGCUGGAAAACGUUCAAUUUGGUAGGCACAGGUGGGUUGAGUAUGGAGACAAGCAACGCUAUAAUGCCUCAAAUGUACCUCCUGAAUGGCAUGGAUGGCUCCAUUACAUAACAGAUCAUACUCCAGAACAGCUGCAAAUGUUCAAGCCCAAAAGAUAUGGAGAGGAGCACCGGCCAAAUUUAUCUGGGGAAGGAGAUGAAUUUACUUACCACUCAAAGGGCCACAUGUUAAACCCCAGCCAGAGAGACUGGACACGCUAUGAACCAUGGCAGCCUACCAAAGCGUGAAGAGUAAAUUCUACUCGGGGUGACCAACUGAAUUGUGGACUGAACCUGGGUUGAGCACGAUCGUAACAAAUUGAUAAUUCACACUUUUUCUUAGUGUCUUACUAGUAAUGAAUGCAUCAAACGGAGUGAUCAUUAUUUUAGUAAUGUAAUUUUACAGUGGGCUUUUGCAAUCUUGAAUUUUCUUGAUGCAUAAAUGAAACGUCUUUUAUUGUUUUAUAAUACUUAACUCCCCUACAGUCAUUAGAAUAAUGUAGUCUUAUUAGUUUUGGGAUGUCGGUUCUUUUCUCCCUUAUGGUAUGUUGCUACACAAAGGCCGAGAUAUGGUUCUUGGAACAGUAAAUUUAAUUGAUAUAAAUCAAGGAAUCUUAUAAAUUGAUUCUAUAGAA